CUCAUUAAAGCUCGACUGCAACGGUGAUUUGGUCAGUGGAGGGCUUUACUUGUUUUAAUUAUUCAAACACCCUGUUCUUUGUGUACUUGUAAUACGUGUAUAUUGUGUAAUUGUCAGCAUGGAGGAGAUCCGAGCCGUGGUGCACCUUAAUGACAUAAAGUGCCCCGGAAAACCAGCGAGUCACCCCGGAGAAGCGUUCAUUGGUGCUGCGGCUUCUGGACAGUCAACGGAGGCGUUCCAACAUGGCGGCCAGAUCAGUGUUCUGGACCGGCACAGCCUCAGCCUGGUGCGCUGCCACAAUCCGAGCAAUCCCCAUCUGCUCCUCACCCAAAAGCUCCAUUUCGAUGUGCUGUGCACCCGCGAAAGCGAAAGCGGGGAUGAGAUUGCCGGCCUCCUAAGCAACCUCUUCGAAAGGCGACGGGACGGGUUCCUGAUGCACCUGAAGGUGAAACGCGAGUGCCACCUGAUGUUGCUCCUCGACACUCUGGCGAUCCAGGUGAGAUCGAAGCUUCAGCGCGAGGGCCUCCACCUGGAUCACGGCCUAGUGAGGUUCGCCAAGCUCCUGGAGGAGGAUCACGGAAGAAGCGGCAGUUGGAACGGGAACGGCCUUCAAGCCCAGAGUUCCUUCAAGGACCUCCAUGGCCUGAUGCUGUGGCUCCUAACUCAGUACAGGAUGCGGGCGGAGCGCAGCACAGGACCCGGUCACGAAGCCCUGGAGGUGGAGUACGCGGUGUCCUCGGAGGAGAGGCGCCUCCAGUUCAGUGUGCGCCUGCAUGUGCUGCUAGUGGCCUCGGAAGAGCUGAGUGCGAUGUCCAUGCAGGGACUCCGUCGCAACUUCGGUGACCAACAAGUUACCUCAGCGGUGCAGGUCACUGAACUCACAUCCUUCGUGAUGCGUGUGUUCAAACGGAGUCGCGGGCAGGUUUUGUACAUGCCUGUGCUGUUUCACGUGGUGUCCACUAACUCCCAAGUGGAUGCACGCAACGCCCAGCUCCUCAGUUUGGCUCAUCUGAUCAGUCAGCACAGUUCCCACCGGCCUGAUUCCGUGUCUUCAAUCAGCAGCUUUGGCUCCCUGAAUAAUUUGGAAGUGCAUCAUCAGGAGAUCCGCGAUCGUUUCAGACUGCUUCAUGCCAGUCUGGUGCAGUACAUCCAGAAGGCGGAGCAAUUGAAGAGCUUCAGCCAGAGAUUAGAUGACCAACUGGCCCAGUUCGAGGAACUGCUGAAGCAGUCGGCGGGUUCUGAGUUCGGGCAUAUUCUACAGGCCUCUCAAGCGAAUCUUCACUAUAUGAACAACCUGAUGGGAAAGCACACCUAGAAGGCUGAAAUUUGAUCCGUUUUGUUCGUUGUACUCUUGAAAUGAAAUGAGUUUACUGUCUUGAAUCUAAGCACAUAUAUGUAUUUUAGGAUAUCAAAAUUAAAGCAUUCAAAAUUAUAAA